CAAUGAUAACAAAUCCAGAGAAUAAGGUGGUCAGUUCAUAUCCAAUUUUUUCGACAAAUGCCCCACAAAUAAUUGGACCAAAUAUGUCGCCUAAAGACCAUCCAAAUUAGUAUAGAUUUGCUCCGAUCAAAUUUGCUUUACAUACUCCAACCUUGUCUACGCAGGAGUCACUGAUAUUUGGUAUAAAGAGUGCACAGCCAAUGCCCAAACUUAUACCUCUAAUGAACUCUCCAACUAGAAUAAAGGCAAUUGAAUGUGGUAACUUAAACACUGUUGGACAAUAGAAAAAGAAACUUACUCCCAAAAUCCACAUUCCGAUUUUAAAAAGAGUUUGUUCUGUAAAAUAAGUUUAACGAGCAACCAAGAUUGCAGAUAACAAGUAUGUGAAAAUAGGAAUCAUGAAGAGAUAAGAGAUGUUAUACUCUGA